UCCAGGCCGUCACAUGAUCACGUUGGGAGAAAACCAGGAAAUCGUGGAGUGUUGUGUAGAGUGAAAGAAGAGGAACAUAUGCUUUAAUCAUCGUUUUCGAUCAUGUCUCUUCAUAAAAACAGUCCGUUUUUGGUUUUGUUAGUAUUAAGUACUUACGCCCUCGCGUCUAGCGUCGGAGGAAACCUUACCGCUUCAGAUUCAGCGGACAAACUGAAACAAAGCCUGUCUUUGAGCCCUGCUGCUCCUGUUGUUGUUGGGGUUGACUCGACUGUGUUUAAGCCCGGUGUGGACUCCCUCUUCUCCCUCAAUCUGCUGUCUUCCUUCCCAGAAGACCUGGAGAUCAGCGACUACUGCAGCGAUCUGCUUCACAUAUUCGGACAGCGGUAUGUCGCCUAUGUCAACUGCUUGGUGACUGCUGCCCGACCUGUUAAAGUUUGCCAGAACUGUUUCUCCAGUUAUGGCAGCCUCAUGAACAUCUAUACGAACAUAUCAUCAGACCAGAUGGGUCCUGGUAAUGUGAGCUGCAGGGACAGCCUUCUGCGCAGUGAUCAUCUGAUGCUGGUUUAUCUGCUGUACAGCAACAUGGAAGACAUUUGGACGAAAUCAGCCUGUGACAACUGCAUCAAGGGAUUCCAGAGUCUGACCAAUGACACGCUGUACUUCAUAAGCACUCUCAACCAAACUCUCACCUGCUUUGAGAAGUAUCAACAGGGGAACCAUACAGAGCUGUGCAAAGACUGUAAGAAUGCAUACAGAGACCUGAAUGAGCUGUACAGCAGAAUGGAGACAAAUCUGACUAUGUGUAUUGACAUAGAGGAUUCGAUGAAUAUGACUCGCAGACUGUGGAGUAAGAACUUCAAUUGUUCCUUCCCCCGUGAGGAGACGGUGCCUGUCAUUGCUGUGUCCAGCUUCAUGCUCUUUCUGCCCAUCAUCUUCUACUUGAGCAGCUUCCUUCACUCCGAACAAAAGAAACGCAAGCUCAUACACCCCAAACGGGCAAAGUCAUACACCACUCUGAUGAACAUUCAGGACAAACUGAGCUGAAGAGGAGACAGGUGAAGACUGAAAUCAAGGACAGCACUCUUUUAGUGGAAGUCACAACCUGGGAGAAGAUUUGACUCCUCAUCGUGUUGUGUCUGAGGUUCAAAUGUAAAGGACUCAACAACAGCAUUCUAUGUUUUGUUUUUCAGGAGGCUGCGAUACCGAUCAGUAUUCAGAGGACUUCAAUGAUCUAGAUAAACGAAAGUGAAAUGAUUUGGGCACAUUAAACAUUUGCUUUCAUAUCCUUCAAAUAUUCUUCUCUUUUAGAAAACAAACAAAUUGUACACAAUGUGUUUGAAUCUGCCUCUUAGUGCAAUAAUUUAAGUGACAUUUUGGAUAUUUAUUAAGCGGGCUAUGUUUGAAUCAAAGUAUAUCUGACUUUAUAAACUACUAAUCAGAUGGUUGUUAAUUGUUGCUGCACAGAUCCUGGCCUCUCCUUCCUUUCAACUCGUUAACAAACUUCAUGUUGUACAGCUCAUCCUGCAGCCUGCGACACACAUCUGUCACAGCUAACGUGUGUAUGUGCCCUAUUUAUGGCUUGAGAAAUGGGUUUUCUGUCUCUAAUGUAUGUCCAGAAGAGAACUGCAAAAAAGGAAGCACUUGAUGUCCAUUAGUGGUGACGUGUAUCUGCUGUAAGAAGAGGGGGUGCACAUCAGUAGGGGGCAGGAGGAGAGUAAAUAAAGACAUAACACACAUAAUGUAAGAGCACUCUAGAGUACCACACUGUGAUGUUACCUGUUUUCCAGUUAGUGUUUAUGUGGUUGCAUAAAGCUUUUAAUGUGCUUUGUUGUUGUUUCCCACUGAUAUUUAACCUAAUUUGUUAAGGGGUUUCUGGCUACUCAUGACAGUGAAGUCCUUUAUGAGUUACGAGGGUUGAAUUGAUGAAUUAGAAAUUAAUUUGCUGUGAAGUAAUGUAAACCUUAAUUUUGAAUGCAUAAUCUCAAAUAAAUACUUUUAUGUCAGGAACAACCUGCAGCACUUAUACCUCAA